GUGACAUUGAAGUACGCUUUCUGCUUCGUCUGUUUCUACAGGCGGUCUUUUCCAGUUUUUCCAGUGCACGCCUUCCAUCAUGCCUCCCAAACAGGCACCGAAAGGUGGUAAAAAGGAACCAUCUAAAAAGCCGAUGAAACCUAAAGAAGGUGGUGGUGGAAAGGCUAAGAAGAAGAAAUGGUCCAAGGGAAAAGUUAGAGACAAACUCAACAACAUGGUGCUGUUUGACAAGGCAACCUUCGAUAAGCUUUUGAAGGAAGUCCCACAGUACAAGGUUAUUACACCAUCAGUUGUCUCAGAACGGUUGAAAAUUCGGGCUUCUCUUGCUCGUCAUGCACUCGAAGAACUAUGGCGACGAGGUUCGAUCAAGAUGGUGUGCAAACACAAUUCUCAACAGAUAUACACCCGAACAACAAAGGCUGAAUAAGUGUACCAUAAUAUAAAUUUGGUAGUC